AUGUGCUCACUGUGCAACUGUUUGCACAGCUCAAGAAUCGACAUAUGCUGGGUCAGCGUUGCAACUCAAGUAGAGUACACACGUGUUCAAAAUAAGGGCAGCAUCGCCUGGGCUCUUCGCGGCCGCACAGUUGUUGUGCUCUGGGGGACGCUGGACCGAGAAGGCAGCGGGGAGAAUGCGUCUCUGUCCGGUUUGAGUGACCACCAGCAGAGUGGCAUGUGGGUCAAUUCCGGAACCGUCGGAAGGGCCCUCUCCAUGGAUAUAGACACAGACUAUGAGCGGCCCAAUGUGGAAACUAUUAAAUGUGUGGUGGUUGGGGACAAUGCAGUAGGCAAGACUAGGCUAAUCUGUGCCCGAGCCUGCAAUGCCACACUCACACAAUAUCAGCUGCUUGCCACCCACGUGCCAACCGUCUGGGCCAUCGACCAGUACCGUGUAUGCCAGGAGGUAUUAGAGAGAUCUCGCGAUGUCGUGGACGAGGUCAGUGUCUCCUUAAGGCUAUGGGACACAUUUGGGGAUCAUCACAAAGACAGGCGAUUUGCCUAUGGCAGGUCCGAUGUCGUGGUGCUUUGCUUCUCUCUGGCAAAUCCCAAUUCUCUGCGCCAUGUUCGCACCAUGUGGUUCCCAGAGAUCAAGCAUUUCUGUCCCCGAACACCCAUCAUCCUGGUUGGCUGCCAGCUGGAUCUGCGCUAUGCUGACCUGGAUGCAGUUAAUCGUGCUCGACGUCCGUUAGCAAAACCCAUCAAACCAACAGACAUCCUUCCCCCAGAAAGAGGUCACGAGGUUGCGAAAGAACUUGGCAUCCCCUACUAUGAGACGAGUAUUGUUGCCCAAUUUGGAGUCAAAGAUGUUUUUGACAAUGCGAUCCGUGCUGCCCUCAUCUCCCGUCGACACCUCCAAUUUUGGAAAUCCCACCUGAAAAAGGGCGGUUCCACUCGUGUAUUUGCACACAAAGUCUAUCUGGCAACAUCCUGCUCCAAGUUCUACGACCUCUUCACACUUGAUCUUAGUGAGCCCUGUUUGGGGCUAAUGGGGGAAGAACGGGAGCAUAAGGAAAACAUGGAAAGCGGGGAGGAAGAGGAGCAGAGCAGGAGAGGAGCCAAGGAGCAAGCUGGGCGCACUAAGAGCCUGGACAUUGAUAAAGAUGGAGUAGAUGGAGGAGUGCGAGGCCUGAAUCGACCCCAGCUGCUCCAGCAAGGCUCUUUGAGGACUUCCCUGAGUGAUAAUGCACUCCCCUCUCGGGCUCAGUAUUCCCUGGGAGUGACAGGGACUGGCCGAGCCCUUUCAGGAUGGGGAAGGGGGUUCUUAUGUGUGUGUCUGGAGCAUGUUGACGAUCCCAUGACUGGACUGCCACGACUCAUGACUGUGGUAGCCAUGGAUGCACUUAUACAAGAGGAACCAUUCAAGGCAGUGCUUCAGUACUUGUACACAGGCAGUCUGGAUGAAGGCCGAGGCGACCUGAUGCAGGUGGCCACCAUCGCCGAGCUGCUGGAGGUGUUUGACCUGCGGAUGAUGGUGGCCAACGUUCUCAACAGAGAAAGCUUCAUGAACCAGGAGAUUACCAAGGCCUUCCACGUCCGAAGAGCCAACCGCAUCAAAGAGUUCCUCAAUAAAGGGACAUUUGCUGAUGUGGUGUUCCGAUUGGACGAUGGCUGCCUCCCAGCCCACAAGCCCCUGCUCAUCUCCAGCUGCGACUGGAUGGCUGCUAUGUUCCGCGGCUCAUUCAUGGAAAGUUACAUUGAAGAGGUAUCCAUUCCUAACACCAGUUCAGCCUGCAUGCGUGGGGUGCUUGAGUUCCUGUACUGCGGUCUGCUGACUCCCUGUCCUGGCUUGGAACCCAUAGAACUAAUUGUUCUGUCCAACCGUCUCUGUUUGCCACGCCUUGUCGCUCUCACUGAGCAGCACGCCGUGGAUGAGCUCUUGAAGUUGACAGUGAAAGGAGUUGACGUUGAUGGACAGGUGCUGGCUUACCUCGAGCUUGCACAGUUCCACAAUGCCAAGCAACUUUCAGCAUGGUGUCUCCAUCACAUCUGCACUAAUUAUAACAGCAUCUGCCGCAAGUUUCCCAAAGACAUGAAGGCCAUGUCUCCAGAAAACCAGAAGCACUUUGAGAAGCAGCGCUGGCCUCCUGUGUGGUUUUUGAAGGAGGAAGAUCGCUAUCUGCGCUCUCAGAAGGAGCGUGAACGUGAGGAGGAGAUCCUGCGUAAGCAACACACCAAACGGGGCUGGUGUUUCUGGAGGCACCCCUCUUCCUCCCCACAUGUCUCCUGAAGGGUUUAUUCCACUAACCUCUUCGUUCAGACCUGGAUCAUCCCACUUAUGAAAGCUAAUCCCCUCUUGAAUGUAAAGUGAGGAGGAAGGCUCUGAAAAAUGAAUCAGUUGAGAAAUAGCUCCUAAUAUGCCUGAAUUUCUGCAUGUCGGGGGGAAUGUAUGUGCCUCUUCAUAACCGUGGGCGACCACGUGCGUGCAUUCUGGUAUAUUAUGCGACAGAUGUUAACUCAGUAUGUGCUGGAGGCGUGGGUAUGUGUGCGGGGUAGUGCGAUUGUGUGAUGCUUCCAAGUAUGCGUGCUUCCCAGAUGCCCUGAUCUUUAAAGGCCUGCGGUAGUACAGUGCAACCUUUUAUUCCCUCCCAGCCUUUGAGUGAUUGGACUGGGAGCAAGGGCUCUCUAUCUCAGUCUCAAUCCUUCACAUUGACCUUAAUGACUAUUACACACUGACCACUGCCUCUCCCUUUUGGGGGAGCUUACCUCUGCCUUCACUUCUACACAGACUGUUAUCUUGAACACAGAUCCAUGACCUUGAUCCAUGCUUAUAACACCAGCACUGGACUCCGAGGAAGGGACACAGAAUAGUUAUUUUUGUUUAAAUAUUAGUUGACCACUUUAGCAUAUUUAUGCUUGUCUUAGGGCACUAUUAUCAGGGUAACAGAUAAAAUACUCCAAGGAAGUGAAUAAAUGCCUUUGGAACAGCAAAUACAAAACUGCAGUGGUACCCAUUAAACAAUUUAAUUGAAAUACUCCAGCAAAUAGAUUUGAUGGUGAAAAACUAGCCUGGACAGUCUUAAAGCGGUUCUUUAAGACUGGUGUUCCUCCCACCCCAUUAUUCUGCAUACCACACUUCAGAAAAAGCAAGACACAAGUUCUUUGUGAUGAGUUGGUUUCAUCAAACUGCUUUUUGAUACCAUCACAUUGCCACUCUACAGCAACGACUUGCAUAAAGAGGGCUAACCUUACCCGAUACUUCUGCCACGGAGGAUAAAAAGGAUAUAGUACUAAACGUCCACAACCACAAGGUUGCAUUGAUGCACCUAUGCCAGUCUGCCUUUACGCCCCUACACCACGAGGGGCAGCACUGCUCAGGGCCCUGGCACUAACCUAACGUGUCUUUAUUCUUGUGCUUCUUCACUCUAGAUUCAGUUAGGCAGACCAUUGGCAAAAAUAAACAAAGAGAAAAACUUAAGCACAUCCACCUUGUCAUUGUUGAAUUUUAAAACUACGAUUGCGAAAUGGUUUGUUACGUGAUUUGAGUACCAAAGUUGUGGUUUUUCUUUUACACUUUCCUCAUUUCUGUUCUUUCUUUAGGAAAGGGUAAGGGAGUUUUAGAAGAAAAAGUCAUUGCUGGAUGAUAUUUGAGAGUAUUCAGGGAUUCAGACAUCAUCUUAUAAUGUCUUCUUCCUCUUUUUUGUGAUGGGUGGCAUUUUCAAUAUUCAGUACCGGGAGAAAAGUGUCACUGUUAGACAUCGCCUUCCAUUCCUGUUGCUGGAAUUGAAAAUGGUGCUUAAAACACUGUGUCCACAUGAACACAAGCAGACAUGCAGGUGGUUUUUUGUUGAGUCUUCAAACAUCUGACUAGUUGUUUAGUAUUUACCAGCAGAGACCAUGCAAAGAUUGAUGAUAUUCAAAUUUCAUUAGUGUUUCUAAGUUUUAAUGUCUCCUCUCUAUUUCCAAACAUAUGUAAGAGGUCAUAGUUAAUAUAGUAAAUCUAAUAAGCUUUAGAUUUCUGCAUUUAUAAGCAGGUGUUACACAUUUUACUUUCUUAUUAAGGGUGCUAUUUUCUUUGGGGUUUUGUACAGAAUGUAAAACAAAACAAAAAAAAGAAGGAGAAAAGCAAUGCUGUGGUGACUUUCUAUUAGCACAUUGUUCUAUUUGUGGGUUUGCGCCCCUCAGCUUUACCCAGACAACUGUAGGAGACAGAUUGUGUGAGUGAGGCAUGUGGUGUGUUCUGCCGUUUUCCAAGGGAGGUGUGUAAAGUCAUUUUCAGCUCCCAAAAUAGAAAACAGAUAAGAUCUCACAGGGCCCAAGUGAAAAUUGAGCUGAUCCUCUCUAAAAACAGUAAAAACAAGGGUAAAUCAAUUCACAAUUAGCUGCUAUGUAUUAGAAUAAUACAACGUUAUUCAGCUGCAGCACUUUUGGAAUUCAGAAAGGAGACCUGAAAAGGAGCAAAAAAAUAUUAGACUUUCAUUGCCUCUUUGAUCCCCCAACAACUCAUUUAGUCUUUAUAGCCCAUUUGGCCACCUUUGGUUCAUGUGCCUUGGUUGGAUACUAAUUUGGAAUUUUUAAAAACAUCUUAGUUCAAACCUGUGAACAAUGAUGAAUACAGCAGAUGAUGAUCAUGUCAUAUCUGUAUGACGUUCCAUGAUCGCACAAACCUUGACGGUUGUGUUCCCUCAUAGUUGGAACUGGUACUAUGCAGAAGUUUCUCCUCUGACAAGGUGACAGAGAAGCAGUGUUAAAAAUACGGCAGUUUUUUUUUUGCCUUCUGUAGGACUGUUUAAUUAGACAAAAACAUUGACUUUGAGAAAAGGAAAGCUUUUGAAAAGCACUGCCUGGCCUGUGUGCUGGUGGGGUGCAACCACGAUUUGAAUGUGCUCAAUUUGCAUGGUGGCCUAUCUGUUGAUGUAAAUCUGUCUUGGAAUGCACUUUCUUCUUUAUUGUAAGUAACUAUUUCUUUCCGUAGUUUGCAUGAAUCAAUGCCAGUGUAGGACCGAGGAGCUGAGUCAGCACUCAUCAGGCUUCUUUAAGGUCUUUUUUGGCACAGAACCCCACAGAGGUUCUCAUAUGCCUGAUUAAAGCCUGGUGAAACUUAUGGUAGCAGCAUAAAAAUCAAACAUAAGCUUAAAACCAUUGCUGGUUUUGAGUGCCACAUCUCCCCGCUGUAUGCUAUGACAAGUUUAUUCCUAUUAUUUUUAGUAUACUAUGUUAUAAAAAGGAAAAACAGAUCAAGACUUCACAUAUUAAGCAAGUCCUGAAUUGCUGUUGACCGAGUAGCUGUGGAGCAUAUGUUUCCUACAAGAGAAAGAGGCUACCUUAUAAACAGUAGCGCCUUCUAGCAAUUAUUGUUGGUACCUUAUUUGUGAUUACUUAAUAUUUUGGUUAUGGGGAAAUGUGAAAUAGAAAACAAAUUGAGUCCAUACUAAAGUGAAAAUUGUAGAAAACACAUAUGGAGUUGCUAGAAAAAAUUAGAAACCCACUUGUUAAGCAUAGGGUGAGAUGAAUAAAACUUUUUAAUUUAGUUCAGCCCUCAAUUUGUGCUCCACACUGACCUGUGUAAGCCAAAGGUACAUCACUCACAAUAUCAUGUUGGACAUAGGUAUAUUGACUUUGUUAUAUCUCUUUUUACUGAUAUAAUAUUUUAAGACAUACCAGUUCUUCCUUCUUCACAGGCCUGACUUUCAUAUUAGCAUGUGAGGCUUAGUGACUGAGAGGAAACCUUGUUUUAAGUUUAGUGUCUUCUCUCCUGUGCCUUCAGUGAAGUCUCACUCUUUCAUUUGUGUGCAGGCUAAUGGCACGGCACCUGUAGCUCUCUUGACACAAGUUAAUGUUAGCUAAGUCAAGAAAUAAGCAUGAGUAUUUCAAUUUGGUAGUUCUUCUUUUUUCUUUUCUUUCUGAAUAUACAUUAUGUUAUAGCUUCAGUGGAUUGGCCAGUGGCUUGGAAAUAUAGUGAUAAGGCUCUUCCCGACUUUUAGGGUGUUAGUUAAAACUUCCAGUGUUAUGGAGAUAGGAUAUGGAGAUUUAAAAAUUGUGUAUGUAAUAUUAUUUAUCCGAGAAUUACGCAAUAGACAUUCAGAAAUGACCAAGAAACCCAGCAAACCAGCAGUUUUUUAAUAAUGUCUCUGCACUCUUUAAGGUGCCUGCACUUUCUACUAUGUAGCCUAACGCAAUUUUUUUGUGUUUUGUCUUUAUAUUAGCCUGAUUUCUUGAUUUGCAUAAAACAUCUGACUUUCUUGACUUGGUUUUUGUCUCUGAGCCAAAUGUUGUCAUGUAUUGUAUUGCUUCCUUUGUUUAUCUGCGAAUGUUGCAGUCAUGCAUAGACUCAGUCUCUCUUUAGUUAGAGAACAACAUCUGUGAACAACUGUUGGAUUAAAGGCAGAUAUUAGCUUUGACAGCUAUAUGUGUUAUGCUUUAAAGAUGGUAAUUAUCCAAAGUACAGCACAGUGUUGUUAUUUUAUUUUAGGUUUCAGUUGGAAAUAACCCCUCACCUUUUAAAUUCUCACCACACUGUAUCUGUUAACUAAGUUAGUGUAUACUUGUAUCGUAUGGACAGAAGUUGUUGAUAUUGACAGACAUGAUGUGAUUAACCCCAGUCUAUACUGUAAUUUUAAGUGGAUCGUAUAUAAUGUAUAGUAUUGUUAUGCACUUUUGUUUCCAUUGACUCAUAUGAGUAUUAUUAACAUUUAUUGCUUACAUUAUUGUUUAUUAUGAUGAAAGUCAAAGAAAGGAGCACAUUCACAAACAAUAUUAAGGGCUUCAGAGGAAAUAUAAACUAAAAAACUAAAACAAAGAAUUGGAAUGUUUUGCUGCUGUUGCAAAAACUGUUUUGAAACAAAAAUUUUGUAAUAUUUUUCAACCACUGUGAUUUAUACAAAAUGAAAAAAAAAGAAAUGUAGAAAAAAGAGUUUCUUCCUUUUUUUGCCAUUUCAGUAUUUUGAUGUUUGACUUGAAUUUUAUUAAAAAUGUUAAUCUUUUGAAUUUGUGUCAGUGUUUGUGCUGUUGUCCAUGUGUCUGUUUUCAAUAAACAUAUUGGGAUUGAAUUCAGCUCAGUGUAGAUAAGGGAAAGAGGGAGGUUGUUGCUGUCUUCUGGGGA